AUGUCGCAUCUCGAGGCAGUGUCCGCCUUCGUCGAGGGAGCUCCCCCCGGAGAGCUCAGCGAUGUCGUGGCUGAUAUCAAGUCACUCACGCUUUCCGAGCCGCAACUCGUCGCACAUCUGGCACCCGCCUUUGAGAAGUACAAUGAGGAGCAGUUCGCCACUGUGAAGCUUCCCGGGAGCAGCCAGGCGGUUAUCAUUAGCUCCCACAACUCCCUCGGUGACGGGCGAUAUUACGACGUCGAGAGCUCCUCGAGCUUUGCUUUCAACCACGAGACGCAGACCGCCAGCGCUGUGCAAAGCUAUGUUGUCGAAGGCGCCCAGGCAGACUUGGUGAAAUCGACAUUGAAACUUGUGGGAAGCUACGUCAAGGAACACUUCGCCAACGCCGCUUAUGGUGUCUACCCCAUCGAAUCCGACUCCAAGGUCGCCGUUGUUAUUGUUGCAAACAAAUAUAGUCCAAACAACUUCUGGAACGGACGUUGGAGAUCCCUCUAUAUCUUCGACCCCGCCUCGAGUAGUCUCGAGGGCUCCAUCAAGGUCGACGUCCACUACUACGAAGACGGAAACGUAAGGUUGCUCACAGACAAGCCAGUGACGGCCAGCGUGUCGUCAGGCACGGGAUCCGGCAUUGCCAAGGAGAUCUCAACUACGGAGAAGAAGUAUCAGGAUGAGCUAAACAAGGGGUUUGUAAGCUUAAGCGAGGGUGCCUUCAAGGGCCUUCGGCGGCAGCUUCCUGUCACGAGACAAAAGAUCGAGUGGGACAAGGUGACCGGCUACCGACUUGGCCAGGACAUCAGCGGCGGGAACGGAAAGAGGUAG